CCACUCACCCGUCCACUGCCGCCGUGCCGCCGUGCCGCCGUCCUCGUCGCUUGGGAAUCAAUCUUGCUGCCUGAGGCCACCAAAGGCAUCGAACUCGGAGCUUGCACUUCGGGGAAUCCAGAAACCUUCAAUUGAUCACAUCUGCCCGAGCUGACUGCCCCCCCCCAUAAACCACCGUCCAUCAACAAAUCCAAACAACCGCCAAAAUGGUCUUCGCCUGGAAAGCCGCCGGUAUCACCUACAACCGCUACCUCGCCGUCGCCUCGCGCGUCGUGCGCCGCAGCCUGAAGGAGGACAAGAGACUCGUUGCCGAGCGUCGCGGCGAGAUGGAACUUCGUUUCGCCAAGUGGGAGAACGGCAAGCAGGGCGAUGUCAAGAACCUUGCAGAGGCCACCGUCAACGUCCCUCCCCCUUCUUCGUAAACUUCCGAAUCGACAAUUGAAGCACGUGUGAGAGAACAGAGGGAAUUGCAUCCAUGGGUUAUCGAGGGAUAGACGGGGGAAAUGAUGGGGAGUGUAUGCAUACCACGACACCUCUCCCCGGGUACCCGCCGGCUCAACUUGACGGUUGAGUUGCUGUAUCAUAUCAAAAACUGGGCAUAAAAUCUAUCAAUCGAAAUGCCAUGCUAAGACUUUUUGUCCGAUUAAA